AUGAACCCGAAUUUGAGCGAUCACUUGAAGAAUACGACCGUAAUCCCGAUGAAUUUCGACAAUGGAGUGCCACCCCGGAAAAAGGGUAGCGCUUUCACGGUGUGCCCGGUGAUCCUCGAGAGUCAGCAAACAAUCUGCUCAACUUAUCCACAUCAUGUCCAUUUCGAGGAUAAAGUCAUCGUUUUUGUGCCCCAAUUGGAUAGCGAAUCGGAAAGUGAUGAGCGCAUCAUUGAGAAAACAAGUGAG